GACGCAGGCGGCGUCACCGUCUCCAAGGAGUGGUUCGGGGCACCGGUUUCAAAGUCGCAGGGCGGGCCGAGUGGACUUUCGCUGCUGGCCUGGGGCUUCCCAGCCGUCUAGGCGUCGUCACCUCCUACCCGCUCCGCUCCAUGUAGAACGCCGCACGUAGGCUGCCUUCCAGCUCCUUCGGCACUCUCCUAGGUGGCGCGACAGGACCCCGAGUGACCCGCGGGACGCCUGUAUCGACCGCUUCCUCCUCCCACCAGGGUGGGAUUCUGUCGAAUGUGGAACAGAAUUCACUGGCGCGUCCCUAGCAGUCUUCCGUCUCUCGCCCGGGCCGGGGACUCGUCGGGUACGCGGGGGAAGGAAGCGUGGCGGGGCUGUAGAUGCCGCGUGAGUAGGAUGCAGAUUGCACCGCUGGAGCGCUUGACAACCAGCCGAGCGUUGACUUAGUUUUGUUUUCCCGCACGGCGAGCUCUGUGCCUUUCAGAGGAAGGUAGAGGUGGUGAAAGCUCCAAACUAAAAUUGUAUCGAAAUGGCCGCAGAAAUCAACUCUCUGAGAGAGCAAAAUCAAAGACUAAAUGAAGAUUUUAGGUGGCAUCAAAUGGGAAAUUUUUCCAAAUAUUCAUCUGUACAGAAAGUUGUCUGCAAAGGAGAAGGAGGCGACAGAUUUGAAAACCUAGCAUUUGACCAAAGCUUUUCAGCACCUCUUAUUACUGAGUAUGAUAAGCAUCUAGAAGAACUAAGUGGGCAGCUGAAAUAUUAUCAGAAACAGGUGGGUGAGAUGAAACUACAACUUGAAAAUGUCAUCAAGGAAAAUGAAAGGUUGCACAGUGAAUUAAAAGAUGCUGUUGAAAAACGAUUGGAGGCCUUUCCCCCAGGCACAGAGAUAGGAACUGAUAUAUAUGCAGAUGAUGAAACAGUCAGAAACCUUCAAGAACAAUUGCAACUAGCCAAUGAAGAAAAAACUCAGGCUGUGGAACUCUGGCAAACUGUUUCUCAGGAGUUGGACAGACUACGCAAGCAUUACCAGGAAUAUAUGACUGAGACCCAAAUACAUGUAUUUGAAAGUCAAAAACAAAAGGAUCAGCUAUUCAAUUUUCAACAAAUGACCAAGCGACUUCAUGUUACUAAUGAGAACAUGGAAGUGACUAACCAACAGUUUCUGAAAACAGUAACUGAACAAAGUGUGAUAAUCGAACAACUCCAAAAAAAACUUAGGCAAGCCAAAUUAGAUCUAAGAGUUGCUGUAGCAAAAGUUGAAGAGUUAACUAAUGUGACUGAAAAUCUGCAGGGACAGAUGAAAAAGAAGGAGGAGGAUGUGGUGACUGCCAAAGGAAGAGAGGAGGCAUCAGACAGGCGCUUACAGCAGUUACAGUCUAGUAUAAAACAAUUAGAAAUAAGAUUAUGUGUGACAAUUCAAGAAGCCAACCAGUUAAGAACAGAAAAAACACAUCUGGAAAAACAGACCAGAGAGCUACAAGCAAAGUGCAAUGAAUUAGAAAAUGAGAAAUACGAGGCUAUUGUAAGAGCCAGAAAUAGCAUGCAACUCUUAGAAGAAGUUAACCUUCAAAAAAGUCAGGCUCUACUUGAGGAGAAGCAAAAAGAAGAAGACAGAGAGAAAAUGAGAGAGACAGUUUCUCGGGUUGUACAAGAUACUACCGUAAGAAUCAAGAAAGAAGUUGCAAACACAAAAAAACAAUGUCAUAUACAAAUUUCUCGAUUAGCAGAAGAACUUUCAGCCCUCCAAAUGGAGUGUGCUGAAAAACAAGGCCAAAUCGAACGAGUCAUUAAGGAAAAAAAAGCAGUGGAAGAAGAACUAGAAAAGAUUUACCAUGAAGGCAGAGGAAAUGAAAGUGAUUACAGAAAACUAGAAGAAAUGCACCAAAGAUUCCUGGUUGCAGAGCGUUCAAAAGAUGAUCUUCAGCUAAGACUUACGAGAGCAGAAAAUAGAAUAAAACAACUUGAAAUUGACUCCUCAGAAGAAAUAUCACGUUACCAAGAAAGGAUUCAGAAACUGCAAAAUGUAUUGGAGUCUGAGAGAGAGAACUGUGGACUUGUCAGUGAACAAAGGCUAAAACUUCAGGAAGAAAAUAAACAGUUACAGAAAGAGACUGAGAGUUUAAGGAAGAUUGCCCUGGAGGCUCAAAAAAAAGCCAAAUUAAAGAUCAGUACAAUGGAACAUGAAUUUUCAAUAAAGGAACAUGGGUUUGAAGUUCAAUUAAGAGAGAUGGAAGACAGCAAUAGAAAUUCUGUUGUUGAACUGAGGCAUCUCCUAGCGACUCAACAGAAGGUGGCCAAUAGGUGGAAAGAAGAAACGAAGAAACUUACUGAAAGUGCAGAAAUGAGAAUCAAUAAUCUGAAGAGUGAGCUGAGUCGACAGAAACUUCAUACCCAAGAGCUGCUCUCUCAGCUGGAAAUAGCAAAUGAAAAGGUAGUUGAGAAUGAAAAGCUAAUUCUAGAGCAUCAAGAAAAAGCUGACAGACUUCAAAGGCGUCUAACUCAGGCAGAAGAGAGAGCUGCUUCAGCUUCCCAGCAGCUCAGUGUGAUUACAGUGCAGAGAAGAAAAGCAGCCUCCCUGAUGAAUCUGGAAAAUAUUUAAAAAUAUUCAUAGUUAACUCACAGAACUUUAUAGUUGGGAAAGCAGUUGGAUUAGAAGUAUAUUGAAAUGGUAAAGCCUGCAGAGUAUAGUGAAGGCUUGUGUUAUUUUGCUUAAGCCUUGUUGUUCUGUUUUGAGGGUUAUGGGAAAACAGAGCAGUGACCACUUCCCAUAAAUAAAGAAAGUAUAAUCCUAUAUUGAUCUUCAGUGGAGAGUAAACCAGCUGAGAAGAA